AUGACUGAAGACGAAAUCAUACGAACUUUCAUUAAAGCACAUGAUCCGCCGUACUUCGAAGAAAUCUUCCGCUUGACUGGAUGCUCGUUUGCCGCUAUUGUUAAUAAGCUCGAAGAGUACGAUGACUUCGUAAGAGCUGGGAAGAUCGUUAAUGUCUCUGCCCUCAAAUCGCAAGUGGAUGCUCUGCAAGGACAAGGGAUCUUAAGAAGCGGUGAUAACAGACUCUUCUUCUGCAGUGACAUCUCAUCCAGCAAACAAAUCCAAGGGAAAGACCCACUCUUCUUCGCCGGCAGCAUCUCCAACUCCGGCGAAGACCCACUUUCAGAGAGCUUUUUGGCCAUGGAGAAUCUCUACUGCUGCCUCAUCACCAUCUUAUCGUGUUCUUUGCUUCUCAUCUCCAAAAACUUGCUAUUCAACCAUGUCAAGAACAAGAAGUUACCGCCAAGUCCACUUGCUCUGCCAAUAAUUGGCCAUCUUUACCUUAUCAAGAACUCACUCUUCCAAGACUUAACUUCAUUAUCAGCUAAAUAUGGUCCAAUAUUCUUUCUCCAAUUCGGUUGGCGUUCCUUUGUUGUUGUGUCGUCUCCAGCUGCCAUUGAAGAGUGCUUCACCCAGAAUGAUAUUACGCUUGCAAACCGUCCUCGGACCAUGGCUGGAGAUAGAUUGACCUAUAACUACACAGGCCCUGGGGUGGCCCCUUAUGGCGACUUGUGGAGGGUUCUUCGUGGCCUCUUUGUUGUUGAAUCUCUCUCUUUCAACAGCCUCCAGAGGACUUCAGUUAUCAGGGAAGAGGAAUGUCAGAUGAUUCUCAGGUCAAUCUACAGAGUUUCAAAGAAUGAAAGCCAAGUAAGAGUUGAUUUGAGCCAUUGGAUUUCUAUUUUCACACUCAAUGUUAUGAUGAGGAUGCUUGUUGGAAGAUGCUCCGUCAGAGAGGAGGAUGCUGGAGAGGAGUUGGGCAUGCAAAUAAUUGAAGAAUUCAGAGAAAUGUUUGGUUCAAGCAUUUCAAUGAAUUUGUGUGACUUCUUCCCUGUGUUAAGGUGGCUUGGCUACAAAGGGUUGGAAAAGGAAAUGAUCUCUUUGCAGAAGAAGAGAGAUAAUUUCGGUCAGGGUUUCAUAGAUGAAUUUCGAUGUUCAAAUACUCUGCUGGACAAGGAGAAGAAGGCACUGAUUGCAAAUCUGCUUUCUCGUAAGGAAAAUGAAUCUGUUUUUUUAUCAGAUGACGCCAUAAAGAGUUUUGCAUUUAUAAUGCUUACAGCAGGAAGAGAAACGUCCACGCUGACCAUCGAAUGGGCUAUGCUGCUUUUGCUAAAUAACCAUACGGCACUACAGAAACUCAGGACUGAGAUUGACAUCAACAUAGGACAUGGAAGACUGUUGAGAGAAUCUGAUAUCCCAAAGCUUCCUUAUCUUCAUUGUGUUGUCAAUGAGACAAUGAGACUGUACCCCGCAGCACCACUUCUGCAACCUCAUUAUGCAUCUGAAGAUUGCAAGGUAGGGAUGUAUGACAUUCCCAAAGGUACAAUUGUUUUAGCUAAUGCCUGGGCCGUGCAUCGGGAUCCAACACUCUGGGAGGAGCCUGAGAAAUUCAUGCCAGAAAGAUUCGAAGUGAAGAAAUUGAUGGACAAAGAAGAGUUCAAUUCCAAGUUCUUGCCAUUUGGGAUGGGGAGGAGAGCUUGUCCAGGAGCCAAUCUAGGCAUUCGGAGUGUUUCAUUGGCAAUCGGUACAAUCAUCCAAUGUUUUGAUUGGGAUAAAGUCGAACAGGAUGGUGACUUGGACAUUAACUUUAGUAAUAGAAUCACUCUGCAGAAGGCUAAACAUUUGGAGGCCCUAUGCGUUCCACGCCAAGAAUCAAUUCUGCUUCUCUCUCAACUUUGA